CGCCUGAGGGAAACCGGAAGUGGCGCGCCGCGGGUGAAAGCUCAGGAUCCUCUGGCAGGGGCCCAGGUGGGGUCCGGGCUGGCUCCGGACCAGACUGAGCAGUCGUGCCGCAGACCGAGCGGGGGUACCAGGAGCGAGCAGAUCGAGGCCGCCGAUGGCCAGGAACCCCUCUGAGAGCACCGGCCCCAUGCACGUGCCUUUUGGGCAUGUUGUGGCCAACGAGAAGUGGCGCGGGUCGCAGCUCGUGCAGGGGAUGCAAGGGAAAAUUAAAAUCGUUUUUGAGGAUGGCCUGACACCGGUAGAUUUUUACUUGUCAAGCAGAUCUUGCAUUCUCUAUGUCACCGAAGCUGAUUUGGUGGCCGGAAAUGGCUACAGGAAGAGGCUUGUUCGGGUUAGAAAUUCCAGUAAUCUUCAAGGGAUUGUAAUAGUUGAGAAAACGCAGAUGAGUGAACAAUACUUCUCGGCCAUACAGAAGUUUACGGUGCUGGACCUUGGGAUGGUGUUGCUUCCAGUGGCCAGCCAGAUGGAAGCAUCCUGCCUUCUCAUCCAGUUGGUUCAAGAACAAACCAAAGAGCCCAGUAAGAACCCUUUCCUCAGUAAGAAACGGGCUCAGAUCCCUGAGCUAUCCCUCCUUCGAACUGUGCAACACAUCCCAGGAGUUGGAAAAGUUAAAGCUCCCCUUCUGCUUCAGAAGUUCCCAAGUAUCCAGCAACUAAGUAAUGCUUCCACCCGAGAACUAGAGCCAGUCGUGGGACAAGCCGUAGCGCAGCACGUUCAAGCGUUCUUCACACGGCCCAGCUGGGACCGCAAGCUACCGGGUCUUGUUUGAUUUUCAUAUUUAAAAAUGGAGAACAAAGACUUUCCUGCCGCAGCACCUAAUGAGUGACUGGGUGAGGCCUACACGGAAGCUGCCAGUUGCCCUGCCUUGCUCUCUGGGUUGGGGCGUUUAAGUUAGUGGGGCUCCCGAUAGCCCGGCCCUCACUCUACUAGUGGAAGAGGAGGUGUGGAGGGCACGCCUGUCCAUACAGCAUGUGACUCUUGAUCUCGGGGUUGUGAGUGAGCCCCACCUUGGGAGUAGCAAUUACUUAAAAAACAAAAUCUUAAAAAACAAAAACAAAAAAACAGGGGCCCCUGGGUGGUACAGUCAGUUAAGUGGGCUCAGAUCAUGAUCUGUUUUGAGAUCAAGCCCCGCAUUGGACUCCAUGUUUAGCAUGGAGUCUGCUUGGGAUUCUCCCUCUCAAAAUAAACAAACAGGGGCACCUGGUGGCACAGUCGUUAAGCGUCUGCCUUUAGCUCAGGUCAUGGUCCCAGGGUCCUGGGAUCGAGCCCCACGUCGGGCUCCCUGCUCAGCGGGAAGCCUGCUUCUCCCUCUCCCACUCCCCCUGCUUGUGUUCCCUCUCUCGCUGUGUCUCUGUCAAAUAAAAUCUUUAAAAAUAAAAAUAAACUAAAUCUAAAAACAAAAACGAAAUCUUUAAAAAAAGAGAGAGAGGGCCCAUGGGGACCUUCCUAAGAGAGUUGAAUAAGGGACUCUCAAAUUCAACAAAAAGCCGGCCCGGGCAUAUUGCCCUGUGUCUAUCAUGGAAAGGUCUAAUCAGAUUUCAGGAGGUAGAUGUGACCAUCUAAAGGAAACAAACCUACAAUGCAGCGCUGUGCUGUGUACCAUAAACCCCUUGUUCCUGGUGGCAGAGCCCGUGUUCUUGCAAUGUGGUCUUCAUAUUACUGUUUUGAGGGUGUUGCCAGUGUAAAUAAACAAUUGUACUGCCUUUUAUCUUCCUUCCUCCCUCCCUCCCCCUUCCUGGUAGCAGCACAGUUUGUCCAUAGUCACUGAGCAUGUCUUCUCAACACAGCCUGGAGUUUGGAGUUCCCUUUUAAAGGUAGAAAGCCAGUGUGUAUGGAGGAAAAGAAUGUGUUUGCCAGUGUAUAGCCCAACCGUGGGAAGAGACAGAGGAAAAUGGCAGGGCAGAUGCAUCCAGAGAGGAGAGCCCCGCGUGGGGAUGAAAAGGUAGUCAGCCACUCAAAAAAGAAAUGCACUUAGCCACUCUGGAAAACAGUAUGGAGGUUCCUCAAAAAGUUGAAAAUAGAGCUACCCUGUGACCCAGCAAUUGCACUACUGGGUAUUUACCCCAAAGAUACAAAUGUAGGGAUCCGAAGGGGUACGUGCACCCCGAUGUUUAUAGCAGCAAUGUCCACAAUAACCAAACUAUGGAAAGAACCCAGGUGUCCAUCAACAGAUGAAUGGAUAAAGAUGUGGUGUAUAUAUACACAACGGACUACUACUCAGCCAUCAAAAAAAAAAAAAAUGAAAUCUUGCCAUUUGCAAUAAUGUGGAUGGAACUAGAGGGUAUUAUGCUAAGCGAAAUAAGUCAGACAAAGAAAUACCAUUUACUUCGCUCAUAUGUGGAAUUUAAGAAACAAAACAGGGUCAUAGGGGAAGAGAGGAAAAAAUAAAAUCAGAGAGGAAGACAAACCACAAGAGUUUGUCUUAAUCAUAGGAAACAAA